AUGUCAAUUCACUCUUCAAACAGAAAAUCAAACUUAUCAUCAACAAGACCAAUCCUAUCAGAUUCUAAUUCUAGUACAUCAGAUCAAGAACAUAUCAUCCAUCGUUUAGAAGAAGAUCAUCAAUUUGGUGGAACUCAUUGGUUACCAUUAUUAUUUGCUUUGAUUCCAAGUUUAGGUUCUUUGAUUCAUGGUGAUUCUGAAUCUUGGACUGAUACUUUACUACUCAUCUUAAUCGGUUUCAUACUAUAUAAACUUACAAAAGUUCCAUGGCAAAUCUAUGCUUCAUCUCGUACUACUCGAAUCCUUCAUCAAAUCAAAUCAGAUUCAAAUCAUCUUUCAUCCAAUCCGAUUCUUCAUCCUAAAGCUGAUCUCUUAGGUUAUACUACUGAACUUCAAAAAUAUGAAUUAAUCUCUUUAUUCAUGGCUAUCAUCUCACCUAGUUUAGGUAUCUUAUUAUUAAACAUCAUUCAAUCUAAACUCAAGACUUCCAUCACAUUAGAUUAUUUAAAUUCAAACACGAUCAUCUUAUUCUUAUUAUCUUCAUUGAUCAAACCGAUGGGACAUUUGAUUGGAUUGUUAAUGAAUCGAACUGAUUAUUUACAAACCAAAUUACAUUUUCCAACAGAUUUGAUGAUCGAAUUAAAAAAGAUUUCAGGAGAAUUAAAAGAUCAAUUGAACCGAUUAGAAUCUAAUUCGAUAUCAAGUUAUGAAUUAUCACUUUUGAAAACUAAUUAUUUAGAAAACCCAAUUGAAAAACUCACCAAAACUCUUUCACAUCAAUUAGAUGCCGAUCAGAUUCGUAAAACUCAAAUCACCCAAGAAUGUCAUGAGUUGGCUAAGACGUUAAACCGAUUAGAAAGUCAAUUGAUGAAGACUAAAGUGGAUUUGAAUUCAUUGGUUUUAGAACAAGAUCAAAUUAAAUCCAAUCCGAUUCAUACGAUUGCUCAGAUGAUCAUUCAAUUAAUGACCACUGUUUCUCAAGCCGAACCUCUGGAAGCGAAAGUCGAGAAUCGGUUCGAGAAUCUGGAUGAGAGUGAUGAAUCUGAUCAUGAUAGUGAUCAAACUAAAGUGAAUCCAAAGAAAAUGAAUAAUAUAAAACAUGAUGAGAACCCACCAACGGAUUACAAAACGCGUGAAGCUGAAGUCGAAUUUAUUCCUACGCCGCUCCGAUCCAACGUUCGAGUUUCUCCCCCAAAACCGAGCAUCAAACUUCGUCAAUGGAUCUUGUACUAUCUAACGAUUCCGAUCUUAGUAUGGAUUAAGUUGAUGAAAACCAUGAUCUUGUUUCCGAUCGAAUUGAUUUCGAAUAUCACCAAAGGAGAAGAAUAUCAAAGGUUAUCUGAACGAAACUAUCAACUUGAUCGAGCCGCUUAUGCUAAUCAUCCCAAUCUUGGGUUCGACGUUUAA